GAGAGUGUAGGGGAGGAGGCAUAGGGAACUUCAUAGGUCACAUAAAAGCUGGCAGGAGAAUUGGAUGCGAGAUCAGUCGCUGAGCUUCCCGACGGUGAUGUUGUCCGUUCUCGAGAGUUCUUGGACAUUGUUGGAGCUACAAAGAUCAGCGUUUGCAUUGUAUUCUUUUGGGUUCUGCUAUCUAGAGGAUAUGACGCGGAACUAAUGAUCCAAACAUUCCCUCAAGGCUUGAGGACUUCUGUUGUGUGAUGUAAACUCCUUUGAAACGCACCCCUACCAAUGGCAAAGAAUCUCACCAGAGUUCUUAAACAGCCUUCCAGCACCACGUAACAUUUACUUGAGGAACUUGUCUUGUAUAGACUCCCAACAAACAUGGACUGUAUUCCCAUGCUUUAUUUUCUGUCGAGACAUCAUGAUUCCUGGUAAUCGAAUGCUGAUGGUCAUUGUAUUAUGCCAAGUGCUACUGGGAGAGAGCAGCUAUGCUAGUCUAAUACCUGAGGAGGGGAGGAAGAGAGUGUCGGCUCAUCUAAGUCAGAGUCAUGAACUGCUGCGGGACUUUGAAGCCACGCUGCUGCACAUGUUUGGCUUGCAGAAGCGCCCGCGACCCAGCUAUUCGGCCGUCGUGCCACAGUAUCUGCUCGAUCUGUAUCGGCUGCAGUCAGGAGAGGUUGAAGAUGCUGCAGCUCAUGAUGUCAGUUUUGAUUAUCCAGAAAGAUCUACAAGUCGAGCUAACACUGUGAGAGGUUUCCACCAUGAAGAGCACAUGGAAGAGUUGCCGUCAGACGGUUCAUGGGAGAUUCCCCUGCACUUCAUCUUCAAUCUCAGCAGCAUCCCUGAGCAGGAACUCAUUUCUACCGCAGAGCUGCGUCUCUACAGGCAACAGAUCGAUGACGCAAGCUCAGAUCCUCAACACAUUGGAGACGAGGGGCUUCAUCGAAUAAACAUAUAUGAGGUGUUGAAGCCCCCGCGGGCCGGCCAGCUCAUCACGCAGCUCCUGGACACACGGUUGGUGCGCCACAACACGUCAAGAUGGGAGAGCUUUGACGUGAGUCCAGCGGUGUUGCGCUGGACCCGUGACAAGCAGUCCAACCAUGGCCUCGUCAUUGAGGUGCUUCACCUUAACCAAACACGCCGUCACCAGGGACGACAUGUGCGUGUUAGUCGGUCCUUGCAUCCGCUUCUGGGCGAAGACUGGGACCAGCUCCGCCCACUGCUGGUUACUUUCGGUCACGACGGCAAAAGUCACCCUUUGACGCGCAGAAUGAAGCGCAGCCCCAAGCAAAGAGGUCGAAAGCGCAACCGCAACUGCCGGCGCCACGCGCUUUAUGUCGAUUUCAGUGACGUGGGUUGGAAUGACUGGAUCGUGGCGCCGCCCGGGUACCAGGCAUACUACUGUCAAGGGGAGUGCCCCUUCCCGUUGGCCGAUCACCUGAACUCGACCAAUCACGCUAUUGUACAGACGCUGGUGAACUCGGUUAACACCAACAUUCCCAAGGCCUGCUGCGUUCCCACCGAGCUCAGUUCAAUUUCAAUGCUCUACCUGGAUGAGACGGACAGGGUGGUCCUGAAAAACUAUCAGGAGAUGGUGGUGGAAGGGUGUGGCUGCCGCUAACCACAGAAAGGCUUGGGCACAUUUACACUAAAUAUCCAUACCUGGACACUUAUUUAUAACAUUCAUGUUGAGAUGUGUGUUUUUCUCGUUUCUUGUCUUCCUGACGAUAUCAUAUAUUUUGACAAAAAAUCUCUAUAUACUGUAUAUAUUAAUAUUGACAUAAUUAAAAAAAAAAAUGAAAGUGUCCUUAUUUUAAAUAUAAUUCAGCUGUACAGCUUUUCAUAAUGUAUAUCAGAAUGUAUAAGGGUUUUUCUAUGAGAAAAUUAGAAAAAGAAAAGCCACUAAAGUUUAUUUACUGGUAGUAUUUAUUUCUUUAAUGUAAUAUACAUUCACAAAAAUAGAAAUACAUAGCCUCCCAAACCAACCCCAUUUUUGAUCGAAAAAAGUUGAAUUCAUUAUUUGUGUACUUAAAAUAGAGCACUGUGUGAAAUCCUAGGAGAACUGAGUGUCUUAAUGUAUCAGUUAAAGAAAUCAGAUAUGUAUUGAUGUGAGUAAAAUUCAGUUGUGUGAUUUACAGCAUGUGAUUUACAUGUUCCCAAAACAGCUGUUCAUUUUUGAAUAAAUAGUGAAGCAUUUCACAAAAAUGUGAGAUUAAUUAAAGGUUGUGUAGGUCCAAAAUACAAAAUGAUGAUCUUUGUUUCCCAGAACACUGGAAUAUAGCAGAUAUGCAGUUUUUGAGGGGAAACUUUCGAAUUUUAUGACAGUUUUUUUAAACAUAUUUUUGAACUGUUAUGUGUUACAUUUUUAUAGCUAGUGGCAAUAAAUAAAGAGAAGUGUUUUCUCUACUGAAAUACCAUACAAUUUAAAACCCCACCAAAAUACUUUCAUUUGCAAAUCAACAAAUUUCAUAAUAAAAUCA